UAUAAAUGAGGGAGAACACACAAGCUAAGAGAGACGCCAGAUUGUUUCUGCCUGAACAGACUGGGAAAGGCUGUCUUUGAACUUACUAUCAGUCCAUUCCCAUGGAGAACAGAGGGCAGAGAAUGCAUACAGGUGUUGCUAGGAAACCACCUACUUUUUCUUGGUAGCUUCAAAGCAUUUCAAAGCAAAGAAAGAGGAAGAUCCCUAUGACUCCCACUGUCUCUGACCUUAAAUGUUGGCAUGAGCUCCCAUGGUUAACAGUCAUAUCUACCUGUUCUACUGGAAGAUUUGUUUUCUGUAGCUGGAAAUUCCAUUUAGUACUUCACAUCCAAAUAGACUUUACAGCCUAUAAAUACUGCUUUCUCAUCUGAUUAAUGUGAAAAAUCCCAAUCUAGCAAAACAAGCCACAGAUAGGUCCAACUUUACUGGAUUGAGACUUGUCUUUUAAAUCCAUCUUUAUGAUUAUUGAUACAAAAUUGGUAAUUACAGGUUUUCUCUAAACUGGUGACUUCCAGAUGUGUUAGCUAAGGUUAAUGGCCAGACUGACUGAGGGCAAUGGGAAUUAUAGUCCAUCAUCUGGCAGGCACUAGAUCAGGGAAAGCUGACUUAAUGUUUAACAAGGUCAAGACCAAAAAAGAGAGCAGUGAGCAUUUACUAAACUGUUUGGAUCACUUACAUAACUUUAAGAAGUUUGCUAAACUCAGGUAUUUGGAGGAAGGAGGUGCUUUUCUGAGUUUAGUUGUUUGACUUUUUUAACUUAAUUUUUCCCCCCAGUCCUAUAAACUCAAAUCUCAGUUGUAGUUGUUAGGCUGCAACAGAGAGAGCAGUGAAACAACCCUGGAGGGGUCAAUUGGGGGCUUUAAGCAAACAGCUUAAGAAAGGAACUCUGGCUUAGUGGCUGUAGUAUCUAAACCUGUCAGAGAGAUCUUUUCAGUCUAAUUCCUUUCUAACAGCCCCUCCCAAAAAGGAAAAACGUGCACAUAGAAGCACUGAGCCUUAUUGGCAGGAGCAGCCUCAGAGAACUGGGCCUUCCCUCUGUUUCUGAACAGUGGGCACUUGGCAGCACAGAAGGAAGUGUCUCACCUUUAACUAUAUACUCAUAUAUUUAGCUCUGAGAGUAGACUGUAGAGGAGCAGCCUGGUAAGACUGUUUAUACACACCCACUCCUUGGCUUAGUUUGACAGAACUACAGGAAGAACCUAGACAGUCAGGCUAUGAGUGUGCCAGAGACAGGGUGGGGGUCGUACUGAAUUGACCUCCAAAUGGAAGCCCAACUGGCAACGCUGCUGCUGUUUCAGGCAGUUUGGAAUGGUGUUCUUGGAAAGACCCAUUCUUUACACAAAAGAGGACUCCUUGAAUUGUCUGGAGCCUUACAGUGUGGCACGAACCAGUUUCCUUUGAUGUAUCUAGGUUAUGGAUGCUACUGUGGCUUGGGAGGAAGAGGAUGGCCCAAGGAUGAAACAGACUGGUGCUGCCAUACCCAUGACUGCUGUUAUGGCUUUGCACAGCAACAAGGCUGUAAUCCCAUACUACGCAGAUAUAAAUGGACCUGUAAGGACAAUACCGUGGUAUGUGAUUCAACCCUAGACAGAUGCCAAAAAAUAAUCUGCCAGUGUGACAAGGAAGCAGCCAAAUGCUGGAGGUCUGCACGCUUUAACCAGCACUAUACCUUUUGGCCAAAUAUUUUGUGUGGCCACGUUUAUCCUGUCUGUGGCUAUAGGAGUAAAAGGCACUGAGAGUGUUUUUUAAAUGAAACAUUUUAUUUUUCUCUUAACUUUAAGCUUUCUAAUAAUUUGGACAAGAAUCAGCUAGUUAAAUGAAGAUAGUCUCUUCCAAACUAUGUAUGUUAUCUUCUCAACUCUUAAAAUCAAAGAUCAAAUCAUGAUCUUCUCUCUGUUGAUUUACAAAAUGUGUAGUACACAAAAAAAAUUUUUUUUAAUGGUGGUACACAUAGCUUACAUAACUGAGGUGCAUUUAGUUGGUCAGAGGCAAAGCAUUUGUUUGGGAUGUGCAGAGAACACCACACACACAGAAAUACAUUAUGAAAACAUGUAAAAUUACAAUUCUUUCUCAUGGCACUCACAUCUUGCUUGCAUGGAUGAGGAGUAUGAGGUGCAGCUUUACAACAAGAACUACUGAAUUGAUCUGUGGCAUGUGGCUAGAUAUUGUGGCUGGUUGUGAAUUCACUUCCCCAAAGAGAGCAGUCUUAUAGACCUUGGGACAGCAUACAGUACUAGGAACCGUAGGAUUGAGUGGACAUCUUCCUCAGAACCCUUGCCUGGCAUGAGAGCAAUUUCUGUAAUAGCUUCCUCAAUGAAGUCAGAGGCUUGGAGUAAAGAGCAUAGAAUUUGGAUAAGUUUAUAUGUUCAAAAUCUCUAUAUGGGAUGGCCCUCUCAAUUUAAUUUUUUUUUAAAUUCCAUUUCUAUUCUGCCUUUUAAAAAAAACACUCAAGGUG